AUGGAAAUGGACUGCCAUGCUUGUGAGCUAGACUCCCUGGAGGUCCCUCCUCUCACUCCAACCAGUAAGGAGGUCCUGAGCCAGGCUGUUAAUGCCAGUUUCUCUGGCUUUGCUCAGGAGAUAAUCAACCACCAAUUUCCAAAGGAUCCAAGCUUGUGGUCAGAACGAGAGGUAAACCACUGGAUAGAUUGGUGCCAGGCUGAGUUUGGUCUCCACUGCCUGGGCUCAGAUUUGAGGGGUCUGCAUGGCAGUGAACUGUGUGUGCUGGACAGGGACACUUUCCUGGGCAUGACGUCUGACUGCACUGCAGGAGAGAUCCUGUGGGAGCACUUGGAGACCAUGAGGGGAGACUACAUCCAGGAUCAUUCGGAUCAACAGAAUGUCCAACCUUACUAUCACACAACUGAAAGCACCAAUCUCCACACUCUGGAGCCUGUGUCUGCCCAACAUGAAGGUUACAGUCUGGGGAAAACAGAAGCUCCCAGAAGGACCAUCGGCAGCACUUUUCUGAUACCAAAAAUAGACAUCAAUAGGGAAACACACUUUGAAGUGAGGGCUGCUCCGAGCAGAAACUCCGCCGCUGUCAACUUUCUGGCAUGGCCUGAUUCGCUGAAUGAUUUAGAGCCCCCAAUGGAGGAGAGGGUGCCUGAGGAUGCCCUCAUGGUACAGCAGAAACACAGGAGCUUCAAAGACUAUGCAGGCACCACAACAGAUGUAGGCAAAGCUGUGAUACCAGCAGCCAUUUUAGCUGGUUACACUGGCAGUGGCCCCAUUCAGCUGUGGCAGUUUCUUCUGGAGCUUCUGACAGAUCGCAGCUGUCAAUCGUGUAUCAGCUGGACUGGAGAUGGGUGGGAAUUCAAGUUAACUGACCCCGAUGAGGUCGCUCUGCUUUGGGGAAAGAGGAAAAACAAACCCAGGAUGAACUAUGAAAAACUUAGUCGGGGCCUACGGUACUACUAUGACAAAAACAUCAUCCGUAAGACAGCCGGCAAGCGCUAUGUCUACCGCUUUGUGUGCAACCUGCAGGGCCUGCUGGGAUACGAACCUGGCGAGCUGCAUGCCAUGUUGGACAUCAGCAGCAAGACACGCUCAGAGAGAGAAUAAUCAGACAGAGACCAAGAACUAUUUUUCUAAUAAUGUUUUGCUGUUUUAUAUGAUUGUUAGUUGCAGAUAAGUGAGGGAUUAACAUGCUCAAUACUGGCCUCUGUCGUCAAAGUCCUUUCACCACGAAGCCAGUUUUUCUUACUUGACUCUGACAAAGUUGAAAAUGUCAAAAAUGUUGUUCAAAAAAUAAUUGUUUAUUACAUAAUCACUGAAGCCACACUCACUGUUUUUAGAUGUAUUCUUUACUUUUUGAAGUUGAUCAGAGUAUCUAGGAAACUACAAUAAGUAUACUUUUUGGUUUUCUGCGGUAUAAAUAUGAGAUGACGCCUGUUUCUCUUAACCACUUUGAAAUCUCUGAAAGAAAAGUUUAUACUUCUUAGUUAAACUUGCCCAUUCCCACAGUCAGAGCAAUAAUUGAAAAAUUUAAAGCAAGGGUAAGUGUGGAAAAGAGGCUGGUUAUUAAGUUGUCACAACAAGUUUACUGUGUGUGUGUGUGUGUGUGUCCGGGGGUAGCCAAGUCUUCAUAUUUAGGUAGCGUAGGAUGCUACCUAAAUACCAACUGGUUGCUGGGGUUGCUGGAGAAAACCUCUCGUCUCUCCUGAUGGAUCCUAUAUUCUAGAAGCAAGACUGGUAGUUAGCAAAAGAAUCACAGGAGAAUUAAAUGUAAUCAUUCAAACUGUAUUGGAUCAGAAAAAAAGUAUAUUAACAGAUGGUAUGCAUACAGUGACUUUUUUUCACUCCACUGAACACAGUCAGUUUGUCCAAAGCCAAAAAGGAUAGGGGGUGGGGCAAACACUGAUAACAGAAACCCCCAAUACCAAGCACACCCAGAGCUUUCUGAAAUAGCCAAGCCUCCCCACAUUCCUCUGGAAAAACAACUCCUUGUAUAGUCACAACUUUGGAUUGAGUCAGAGCAAACAUCUAGUUUUGGAACAGAUGGGCCCAGAUAUUCUUCAUCCAGGACAUCUUCGGGGUGGCGAGGGACUUCUGGGGGAUGUGUUUUACACACAAGUGUUGACCUCCAUGCAAACCCGAUAGGUCACUAGUACUUAUGUGGAGGGUUGCAUUUCAAUCUUCUCCUCCUCUUUCACUUGAAUUACCCAAUUCUCUAAAAGUGUUAAACACAUAAUUGCUAUGAAAAAGUGAUUCCCACAGGGAACACACUGAGAAGUCUUUACUGUCCAAUGAUCAUACACUGUGAGGUGUGCUAAAUGUUACUGGAUCUUUGUUCAGAUGCCUUCUAAGUUGUUUUAUGAUGAAGCAUCACUAACAGUGAACAAACUGCUUUUGCCCAGUUGGUAACCAUACAGAUACAAUUCAAACCAGAUAUUUACAUGACGUGUAUUAAAAAAACAUUUGCCAUCUUUUUCUUACUGUCUGACAUUACAUCAGACUAAACAUUUCCAGUUUUAGGUCAGCCAGGAUUUUUUAUUUUUUGUUUGGUAAAUUUCAAAAUAAUGACAUGAAGUUUUUAAAAGAUUUUUCAGAAGUUACCUACAUUUCAUCAGUAUUUGGUAGAAUUGCCUUUUCAACUUUGUGACCUAGGUCAUAUAUUUUGAGUUUCCUUUCACAUGCUUCUCACAAUAGUUGUAGCUGGAAUUUUAGAGCAUUUUAGAGCAUUCCUCCUGACAGAAGUGGUGUAACUGGAUUAGUUUUAAAGGUCACCUUGCUCACACCCACCACUUAAGCUCCACACAUACAUUUUCUAUGGACUUAAGUUUAGGGCUUUGUGAUGGUCACUUUGAGGCAUUGCCGUUGUUGUCUUGAAGCCACUUUGUAACUAAUUUACAGGUAUACCUAGAAUCAUUGUCCAUUGGAAAGCCCCAUUUGAGUCCAAGCUUUCAUUUCCUGGUGUCGUAGUUCCCUCAUAACCUUGCCAAAGCUGAACAAAACCCAAUGAAGACCCAAAGUUCUGCCAGCCCAUCUUUAUGCUGUGUCGAACAAAAGAUACUGGAAAGGCUUAUUAAGAGCCGCAUUGAGCCAGUGGUGGACCCACAAUUCCCACAAAACAAGCUGGUUUAUCCUGAGGCAUGUCAAUAGCUGAUCAGGUACCUCUAUGGAGAAUAUUUAUUAGACCACAGGAUGAAAGGUAAAGGUCUUUGUCUUUGAGUACAUGUACAAUCUACAUUCUGAUUUUUUUAUGUUGCUUUUGGAAUAAUGGCUUCUUUCUCUCUGAGUGGCCUUUCAGCCCAUGUCAGUAGAGGACUCUUUUCACUGUGAAUAAUAGAACUUUCUUACCAGCUUGAGCAGCAUCUUCACCAAGUCUUUAGUUUUUAUUCUGGGGAUGUCAUUUCACAGUUAAACAUGGCCAUCUCUGGGACACAGUACCCCUCUCCUUCCUGAAGAGGACGAUGGCUAGAUAAUCCCAUUCUGUUACUUGCCUAUGACUGUUUGAACAAAUGAACAUGAACCUUCAAACAUCUGAAAAUUAUGUCCAAAGACGAAACCAGACUUGUUGAGGCCCACAGUUCUAUUCCUGAUAUCUUGGCUGAUUUCUUUUUAUGUUCCCAUUAUGUCACACGAAGAAGCACAGGUGUGCCUCCAUUCUCAAAUGUUGUGAAAUAAUCAGAAGCUUACAAAGUCAUGCAAUCAUAAUUUGGGGUAGUGUGAAAAGGGUGAUGUAAAUGUAAUUAUCUCUAGAGCCCAGCUUGAAUUGUUUCAUGAUUGUGGCUUUCCAGAACAGGGCUGCCACUAAGUGGGUUAUUUGGCAAAACAUUUAUAUAUUAUUGUGAAUUUUUAAACUUAAUAAACAUAUUGAAAUAAAA